CGGGAAGUCAGUCCGCUUGCACCCCACUAGUUCCACUCCAGUGUAUGACAUCUAUCCCGCCUACUUCUGGCCGCGUAAAUAACUGAGGCAAACAGGAAGUGGCGUUGAAAAAGAAUGGAGAGUUAUGAAGGAUUCUGUGAGUCCAAGCGACAACACUUGAAAAACAAAUUUCAAGCGUCGGUUGACAAGGCUGAACCAAAAAUCAACAGCUGCUCAUCUAUCAUCCGAUUCUGUGGAAUGACCAUCCUGCCUCCAGUGCUCACCAGGGAGAAAAGAAUUCAAAUGCAAAACUACAGACAUGAGGCUCUUAAAUGUGAAAAUAAGAAAAAGAACUUUCAGGAAGAUGAGUUAAUGAAGCGUGUUCAGGCUGUUCUGGAGAAUGUAAAGCUUCGAAGAGCACCAACCCUCAAUGAAUUUGUCCAAAGUGAUCCUAUUUUUUUGUCAAUGACUUCUUCUGAAAUUGAAGAAAAAUCAGAAAGUCUUGACGAAUGUAUAAACAAUGAAACAGUUAUUAAUUUUGAACAUACUCACCCACAGUCACCUUUGAUACAAGAUGACAAAAGUCUGACACCUACAGUUCAUGACUCUCUAGGUAUUGUUGGUGAAGGUGUCCCAGUAAAAGACUUCAAAUUAACCCAACUUGGGGAUUCAGCAUGGUAUACUACAAGUUUUCAUGGCAAACCUCAAAUUCAGAAUUUCAGGGAAGAAUCCUUGCAAACAUGCAUUGCCUUAGAACAGGACUCUUCAGUGUGCCAUAAUGUAAUUUGUCAGGAUAAUCUCAACAAUCCAACUAUAUCUUCAACGUGUGAAUCCAAGGAUAAUGCUGAGACUGUGUGUCAUUUGGACAAUGAGCAGCAGAUAUACCUUGAAAGGAAUAAGCCACUUUCUGGAAUGUUAGAAUGUUUUUUCUUACAUAGUACUCAUGACACCUCUAAAGAUACCCAAGCUAUUUUUGCAAAUUUGCAACAAAGUAAUAGCGUCAAAAAAACAAUGUUAGAUAUUCAAACCUGUGCAUUGGAUGAUGCUGUAAAUAAAUCUAAGUGUGGAAAACCUUAUGAUGAAAUAAACUUUGCGCUUAACCCGCCAAAGGAGCCACGUCAGCUGAGCCUGCAAAACCUCCUGAAAAUGUCACGGGAAUAUCGAGACAAUCAGCGACAACUAAGGACUACAAGGGCCAGAGGUAUUUCACAAAAUAAAACAGAAAGUCUUUCAGACAAGGAAAAUAAUGAGAACAUUAUUUUGCAAAGUGGAUGCAAAAAAGGCAAAGAUAAAAGAGGCAGUGUUGGAAGAGUAAGGUUUGUUUCAUCAGAAAUGUCAAAUACAAAUGAUGGAAUAGGUGCAGGGCCAUUAUGCAAUGCCAAUAGUUAUGUGUCAGUUGGAGUGGAUCCUACAUUCUCAGUACACAAAAAUGAACUUGAACAAAUAAAUAUUCCUGUUGCAGUAACAGUAAGUCAUGAUAAAGUAGUAGAUAGAUUAUACCCUGCUGCUGAUACCCCAUUUGGUAUCCUGCCAAAGGAAAAUCAUCAUAAUCUGAACUAUAGUCAAGUAACAAACGAUAUUAACACCAAGAUUAUGAUUAGUGAUAUGUUACAUAUUACUGCACCAGACCUAGAGUCAACAUCUUUCCCUUCUAAAAUUCCACAGCAUUUGCAAAAUAAAUGUAUUAAAAACUUUAACACGAUUCCCCACCCUGAAUUUAGCAGAAGUCCAGUGCACUCAAAGAAAAACCACAGCAUGGAAAGACCUUCAGUUGCCAAACCAUUAAAUAUCUUUACAGAGGAUGAAGACUGCACAGCAACUAAGAGCAAAGCAGCAAAAGACUUUCAGAUGUGCAGACCCAUGGCAAAGGAGACAACCCCCAUGGAUGUUGACUUGACCAACCUUAAAUCUUUACUACAGGAUCUGAAAUUAAAUGCCUCCAGUACAUUAGACAUAGGUACCAAUGUUGAGGAUCAAAGACCUUUUUAUUUACAUGAGUGUAGUGCAACUGCUUUUGAUAAGGACACCUUACAAAGUGAUAAGUAUAACGAACAUUCAAGCUACCACUUAGUACACAAAUCUGUUAAAAAAAAAUCUAACGAAGAACCAUUGGUAAAGAAUACUUUAGAAGGAUUAGUUGUUGAUUUGCUGCCCAACUCUGUAUUUCAUGUCAGACAAGAACCGCUUGACAAUGACAGUACUGCCGUAGUUGUUCCUUGCACAGAUCAAGAACACAGUAAAAAUACAUCUUGUACUGGUUUUCUAAAUAAACCAGUUGAAGUAAAGUCAUUGUGGCCAGAUGGACUACUAAAGAUGCCUCAUAUGUCCAUGAAAUAUAACCCUUUACUUAGGAGAUCAGACAUACAAGAUGCAUUUGUAAUAGAAGCCGAGGAUAAAUGGAGCUACAAAAAAGAACACCAUUUGAAAAUCACUUUUCCAAGAAAUCCAUCUUUAAGGACAUGGACCACAAAUCCCUCAGACCUAAAGACAUCAAAUCAGUUCCUUAAUGAGACAAGCAAAAAAUAUUCAUCAGGUUCAAUACAAGAAAGUGGAGAGUGGAAUCUUAAUUUUCAGCCAGGUGGUUCCAUUUUAGCCAUAAGAAGAAUCAAGAUUGCAGCUGCUGUCAAAGGUUACCUGACAAGAAGGCUUUUACAAACAGAGCGAUUAAUGGGACUGAUUAGAAUCAUUAAGGAUACAAGACAAUUUAUUCAGUCAUUGGAAUCUCAGUCCCCAGGGAAAACAGGAUUUAACUCUAGAAGAGAUCUGUCAUUAGAAGAACGUGUUUUGUUGCAGCUACGGUCUGCUCUUUAUGAAUUUCAUGAUAUUUUCUUCACCUGGUCUACGGCAGAGAGAAUGCAGAUUAUCUCCCAUGAUCGUCUUUUGAGAAGAGAGAGAGAGUUAAAACAAAGAGUUAACAAGAAUAAAAGAGCCAUUCGGAAAUCACCGUGUUUAUCAUCUGCUACCUUGAAAGCAAGGGAAAGGAAAAAAAAAGACCGUCUGUAAGUAUGGCAUUCCUUAUAGUGUAGAGCACUAGUAUUGUGAUUUUUUUAAACCUGAUUUUAAAAGUUCAAUUUCAACAGUUUUUUGAAUUGACAUAUAGUACUAGUCAGCAGUCCUCUCUUCCUAAAAUAUUCCAGAUUUUCAGUGCAUAAAAACAAAAGGUCACCUAAGUAGUUCUUCUGUGCUUCACUCUAGGAACUUUGAGCAAGACAGUGUUUGAAAAUCUGAGAUUACAAUUAAGGAUGUAUUAGGAUAGACAUUCUGAUAUGUAGAGAGAUCCAAAAUUGUUAGUCUUAUGUUCAAUUAAGAGUAUUUUAAAAUUCAUCCUAAAAGAUGCAUUCAGAGCAAUGAUGGUGAAAUGUGUUCUUUUUUCAUUAUGUCCUAACAGAAGUGUAUUAAUAUAAAAUAUAUA